UAGUGUGAAACUGAAUGGGUUACUCCUGAGUAGGCGGUGGCACAAUAAGCUAAGGGGCUUGUGCCGCCCAUAUUUUUCUAAACAAAAUAUCAUCAAAAUUCAGAAUGUGUUUCUUCACCAAGGGAUGGCAUCUAAUCCUGCUGAGAUAAACACCAUCAUGAUUUCUGCUUUAAACUGAAGCUCAUAUUGUUAAAUGCAACUUUACUUUUCAAUUGAAACCUUAAUUACCAAGACCUCAACAACUUCAUGUGCUGGCACCGGAAUCGGAAGUCAUCUUCACAAACUGCUUCACACCCAUCUGCUUCUUCUUUAACUUCCUUCUCAUCCCUCCUUCUCUGCAAUCUGUAUUUUCCCUUCAAACACACCCAUUUCCCAUGGAGGUCGUUGGAGAGUUGCUUCUUUUUGCCGCCUUUCUAGUGCUGUUUGAUAAGUUGGCCUCCUCUUAUUCCCUCGACUUCGCCGCCAACACCACAUUCAUUCUCAACUCAGCCAAUGGAAGACUCAACUUUUUGAGUAUUCAUGAUGUGCUCAACGACCCGAGGAGAAGCAGAUUACGAGUCCCUCUGUCAAACUCUGGGUUUCUAAUCUCCGGAACUUGGCCUAUGACCUGGAUGACAAACUGGACGACUUCAACACCGAAAUGCUGCGACGCAAGCUGGCACUGCAACCUCAUGCCGCAGCCACCACCACCACCACAAGCAAGGUAUGGAGUCUCAUCCCUACUUGCUGUACUCGUUUCACCCCAAGUCAUGUUUCUUUUAAGGUUGGCAUGGGGUCCAAGAAUCAAGGAUAUCACCAGCGGCGUGGAAGAUAUUUCCACUCGCAAAACUCAAUUGGGUUUGGAAAAGGUUGCAUGGACAACGACUUCUACUGGGAAAAGGCCACCCACCACAUGUUUGUUUAAUGAACCACAAGUUCAUGGCAGAGAUGAUGACAAAAAGAAGAUUGUUGAUUUGCUGCUCAGCGAUGAAUCUGCUGUUAUCCCCAUCGUUGGUAUGGGUGUGGUGGGUAAAACCACACUUGACCGACUUGUUUAUAACGGUGAUGCAGUGAGGAAGCAUUUUGAUCCAAAAGCAUGGGUCUUUGUGUCUAAUGAGUUUGAUGCGGUGAAAAUAGCAAAGACUAUUCUCAGUGCCAUCUCUCCCCAGACCCACGAUUCCAAGGAUUUCAAUCUACUACUAGUUGAAUUGAGCCAAUCCUUAGCUGGAAAAAGGUUUUUGCUUGUCCUGGAUGACGUUUGGAACAAGAACUAUGAAGUGUGGAAUGACUUGCGAGCCCCUUUCAGGGGAGGGGAUAAAGGAAGUAAACUCCUAGUAACCACACGCGAUCAAGGAGUGGCAUCAAUGAUGGAACUAUCUGUUAACCACCACCAUUCUCUUAAGCCUUUAUCAGAUGAUGAUUGUUGGUUGGUAUUUGUACAACAUGCGUUUGAAAACAGAAAUAUUGAACAGCACCUGAAUUUAAAGUCAAUAGGCAAGAAAAUUGUUGAAAAGUGUGAUGGUUUGCCAUUAGUAGCAAAGGUUCUUGGUGAUCUCUUAUGCUCUGAACUUCAAGAUGAUAAAUGGGAACAUAUAUUUAAUAGAAAAAUUUGGAGUUUACCCGAUACCGAAUGUGGCAUCAUCCCUGCAUUAAGGUUGAGUUAUCAUCACCUUCCAGCACAUUUUAAAAGAUGCUUUUUCUAUUGUGCAACAUUUCUCAAAGACUACGAAUUUAAGGAAAAGGAGCCAGUCUUGUUACGGAUGACUGAGGGUUUAAUUUGACCAUUGGAAGGAUAUAAACAAAUGGAAGAUUUAGGUGCUGAGUACUGUCAUGAGUUGGUGUCAAGGUCAUUUUUCCAAAAAUGUGGUAAUCAUGAAACACGGUUUGUGAUGCACGAUCUCAUUACUAAUCUAGCUCAAUCAGUUGCAAGACAAGUAUGUAUCAAUUUGGAGGAUAAGUUGGAGCAUAAUAAGAAUUAUACCAUUUUACAAGACUACAACACAACAUGCGUCAUACAAUCAUUGCUAUAGGGAGGGAGACCUUUAAAAAUUUUGAAGCUUUCAAGGAGGUGGAGCAUUUGCGAACAUUUCUAGCCUUAUCAAUUGAUCAAGAUUAUCCUUAUGGACUAGGGAGUUACUUAACUAGUAAGGCAUUUUAUGAUUAAUUCCCAAAAUUAAGAUUUUUGAGGGUGUUUUCUUUAACUAGAUAUAAUGUAAGGGAGUUACUAGAUUCAAUCCGAUAUCUAAAGCACUUAUGAUAUCUUAGGUGGUGUUUGUUUUUUUACUUAAUUCUAAAUAGAACCUUAAUACUUAAUAGUAUUAAAUAUUAGGUUGUUUGUUUUUGUAGUAUUUUAUUUCUAUUAAGUAUUAAAAAGUAAAAAAAAACCAUUGUGUUAUUUUUUCGAUUUAGAAAAAGCCACAUAUUUUGACUUUUUCUAUUUAGUAAAAAGUUUAUAAUAAGUCAUGAAAAAGUAAAAAAACAAACAACCUAAAUUCUAAAACUAAAUGGUUUUCAGCAAAAAGCCAAAAAAACAAACAUCACCUUAAU